AUGGCCGCCCUGUCUUCCGCCGUGGCGUCCUAUAGACGCCUGGAGACGACGUCUUCUGUACAACACCUCUUCAUGUGUGGUGGUCACUUGCUUCUCCGGUCCGCACCCUCUUGUAGGCGCAGGAACGGGCGUUCGCCGCAUGUGCGCCGCCACAGUAGACGCAGGUUUUCCUGUUUGUUUGCUCUACAGGUGAACGGCACGUGGGGCCUUCCCAGCUUCGUGUGCGACUUCUACAUCGCCAUGGACGUCACCUGCAGCACCUCCUCCAUCUUCAACCUGGUCGCCAUCAGCAUCGACAGGUACAUCGCGGUGACGCAGCCCAUCAAGUACGCCAAGCACCGCAACAGCCGGCGCGUGUGGCUGACGAUCGCGCUGGUGUGGAUGAUCAGCGCCGCCAUCGGCAGCCCCAUCGUGCUGGGCCUCAACAACACGCCCGACCGCCGGCCCGACCUCUGCCUCUUCUACAACUCCGACUUCAUCAUCUACAGCUCCCUCUCCUCCUUCUACAUCCCCUGCAUCAUCAUGGUCUUCCUCUACUACAACAUCUUCAUGGCGCUGCGGAACCGCGCGAGGAAGGCGAAAGCGGCGCGGCGCCCCCUUCCGGCGGACAUAAAGCCCGGCUCGGUGAUCGAGAACCUGGCGCAGACCAGGCGGCUGGCCGAGACCGCGCUGGGGCCGCCCAACCUGCUGGGACCCGGCGGGGCGCCCACAGCCACCGACGACGAGGAGCGGCCCACCAACACCGGCUCCGGCAGCCAGGAGGAUGACGACUACAAGGACGUGUCCCCCGGCUAUGAGGACUGCUGCCACGUCAUCCCCAACGACCGCUCUGCCGAGUUCAUCCUUGCCACUGUCGCUGAGGAGACCACGGCGGCGGGAGUGCUGAGCAACACUGCCGCGGGAGGCGGCAGCAACAACGCGGCGGUGGUCGUGCCGGAGGCGAACGGCAACAACGACUCUGGCUACGCUGCCUCCACCCUCGACGAGGCGACCACCACCACGACCACGACCACGUCUGGCGCCGCCUCCUCUCACGUCCACGAGUCGAGUCCAAGACCCAAGGUGCGGCGAAACGACUCGUCUUCUUCGUCCACGACGGGCCCCACAGUGGCUCCUGCAGGCGCCGUUUCCUCGCCAGUGGGGGCGACACCACGCGACGUGGGGUCUCCGGGGGCGGCGACCGGGUCCGCGACGCAGAGCCCGCCGCCUUCCGCCGCCCCCACGGCCGCGGCGCCGCCCCCGGUGACGCGCCAGGCGACGGUGGACUCCCUGCUGCCCUCGACGGGGGGCAGCAAGCGCGAGAAGCCGGGCCAGGCGGCCGCCAGGUUCACCAUCUACAAGGUGAACCGCGCCAGCCGCAAGAAGCGCGACAAGUCCUCGGCCAGGAAGGAACGCAAGGCCACCAAGACGCUCGCCAUCGUUCUCGGCGUCUUCCUGGUGUGCUGGGUGCCGUUCUUCACGUGCAACAUCAUGGACGCGCUGUGCACCAAGCUGUCGGGCGACUGCUCUCCCGGCGUCACCGCCUUCAUCCUCACCACGUGGCUGGGCUACAUGAACAGCUUCGUCAACCCCGUCAUCUACACCAUCUUCAACCCGGAGUUCCGGAAGGCCUUCAAGAAGAUCAUGGCCAUCGACACGUAG